AUGGCUGUCUAUGCCCUCACGGGCUUCUCGCUCGUCAGCCUGCUCAGCUUUGGCUAUUUAUCCUGGGACUGGAUGAAGCCCGGUUUGGUGGCUGAUGUGGCCACGGACCCCAUGGAGAAAUCGCUGCCUCCUGCCUUUGCCAGGCCACCCCACAUCAUCUUCAUCCUGACUGAUGACCAGGGCUACCACGAUGUCGGCUACCAUGGCUCGGAUAUCCAGACGCCGACGCUGGACAGGCUGGCAGCGGAGGGUGUGAAGCUGGAGAACUACUACAUCCAGCCCAUCUGCACCCCAUCCCGGAGCCAGCUGAUAACUGGCAGGUACCAGAUCCACACAGGGCUGCAGCACUCCAUCAUCCGCCCUCGGCAGCCCAACUGCCUGCCCCUCGACCAGGUCACCCUGCCACAGAAGCUGCAGGAAGCGGGCUACUCCACACACAUGGUGGGCAAGUGGCACCUUGGCUUCUACAAGAAGGAGUGCCUGCCCACCCGCCGGGGCUUCGACACCUUCCUGGGGUCCCUGACAGGCAACGUGGACUAUUACACCUACGACAACUGCGACGGGCCGGGCGUCUGCGGCUACGACCUGCACGAAGGGGAGGACGUGGCUUGGGACCAGAGCGGGAAGUACUCCACCUUCCUCUACGCCCAGCGGGUCAGCAAGAUCCUGGCAUCCCACAGCCCCAAGGAGCCCAUCUUCAUCUACGUGGCCUUCCAGGCGGUCCACACGCCCCUGCAGUCGCCCAAGGAGUACAUCUACCGCUACCGCUCCAUGGGCAACGUCGCUCGCCGCAAGUACGCUGCCAUGGUGACCUGCAUGGACGAGGCGGUGAAGAACAUCACCUGGGCCCUCAAGAAGUACGGUUAUUACGACAACAGCGUGAUCGUGUUCUCCACUGACAACGGCGGGCAGACCUUCUCCGGGGGAAGCAACUGGCCACUACGGGGCCGCAAAGGGACGUACUGGGAAGGGGGAGUCCGUGGCAUCGGGUUUGUCCACAGUCCCCUGAUCAAGCGCAAGCGUCGGACAAGCUGGGCACUGGUUCACAUCACAGACUGGUACCCGACUCUGGUCAGCCUGGCCAGGGGCAACCUGAGCAAUGUGCCGGGCUUGGAUGGCUACGAUGUCUGGCCUGCCAUCAGUGAGGGCAAGGAGUCGCCACGCACUGAAAUCCUGCACAACAUCGACCCCUUGUACAACCACGCCAAGUAUGGCUCCUUGGAGGAUGGCUUCGGCAUCUGGAACACGGCCGUGCAAGCCUCCAUCCGGGUCGGGGAGUGGAAGCUCCUCACUGGUGACCCUGGGUACAGUGACUGGAUACCCCCGCAGACCCUGACCAACUUUCCAGGGAGCUGGUGGAACCUGGAGCGCCUCACUGACGGCCUGAGGAAGUCCGUGUGGCUCUUCAACAUCACUGCUGACCCCUACGAGCGCUACGACCUCUCAGAGCAGCGCCCGGACGUGGUCAGGACCCUCCUGACGAGGUUGGUGCACUACAACCGCACGGCCAUCCCGGUGCGGUACCCUGCGGAGAACCCCCGGGCUCACCCGGACUUCAACGGCGGUGCCUGGGGACCUUGGGCCAGCGAGGAUGACGGGGAGGAGUGGGAAGGCAUCCGGGAGCCCCUGAAGAGUAGGAACAAGAAGAAGAAGUGCAAGAUCUGCAAGCUGCGCUCUUUCUUCCGCAAGCUGAACACCAGGCUCAUGUCCAACCGCAUCUGA